AUGUCAGACGCUUACGCCCGCGAAGAGCAAAAUAAUGCACUCCUCGCCUCGCUAUCACAAAAGACCUCGGCGCUGAAACACAUCACACUCGACAUCUACGACAAUGCACGCAGCCAAGAUACGCUGGACAAUACGAACGAGGUCUUCAGCAAUAUGAGCACGAGCAUCAAGGGCAGCGCGGGCCGCUUGACCCGCAUGGCCAAACAGGGCGACAAAAUGGCUGUCUUGAAACUCGCCGGCAUACUUAUUGUGGCCCUGCUGUUGAUAUAUUACGUCGGGGGCUGGAUCUGGGGAUUGUUGUUUGGGUAG